CUCAUGCGCAGUUUGAAUUUGGACCGCCAUCUUGGUUCUGUAAACUAAAAGUGAAAACCAGGGCAGUUUUUUCCACACAUCUGGGAAACGUCUGGAUUUCAGGGGAUUCUGCUGAUUUCAGCGCCGUCUAACAGGGAUGGAGGCUGAGUAUGACUCAGACGACAACCACAGUGGCAAUGAAGCUCCAGGCUCUCCAGAAGCCAUGAGUGAGGGAGGAUCAGAGGACGGGGAGGUCCAAUCAGAGCCUGAGGAGGCAGCUGACCAGCUGUCCCCACCUGCGAGUCCCGAGACCCCCCCUGGCAGCCCCCUGUCCCCAGCUGAGUCAGGUGGAGGUGCGCCGGAGUCCCCUCCCCAGUCCCCCAUGUCCCCUCCCCAGUCUCCUCCGGACAGUCCUGUAUCACCUGUUGGGAGCCCCAUUUCAGCUGAAAGUGCACCUGGCAGUCCCCAGUCCCCAGCAGGCAGCUACCAGUCAGGUGCGGGUAGCCCACAGUCAGGUGGGAGUGCCCCUGGUUCACCUGGGUCUGUCCCCUCCCCACCAGCAAGCCCCAUGUCUCCAGGGAGCCCACAGUCUCCUGCUAGUCCCCAGUCACCUGCUAGUCCUCAGUCACCUGCAGGUAGCCCACAAUCACCUGCAAGCCCCCAGUCACCUGCAAGCCCCGAGUCACCCGCAAGCCCGCAGUCAGCUGCAAGUCCACAGUCACCUCCUGCUAGCCCCCAGUCUCCAAUGGGAAGCCCUCAGUCACCUGCUAGCCCCCUAUCACCUGCAGGUAGCCCCCAGUCACCUGCUGGUAGUCCACAAUCACCUGCAGUCACCCGCAAGCCCCCAGUCACCUGCAAGCCCCCAGUCACCUGCAAGCCCUCAGUCACCUGCUGGAAGCCCCCAGUCACCUGCAAGCCCCCAAUCACCUGCUGGCAGCCCAAUAUCUGCUGGCAGCCCACACGGCUCCGCAAGUGGUGA